AUGUCUUAUGAAGGGAAGUUGUGCCCGAAAUGUAAUAAUGAAUGUCGAUCGCUGCAGGUGUGUAAUUGUUGCUUCUGGUGUUGUAUAGAAUGCCGAGAUAAUGAUUGCACAUACUGUAAAAACUUCUAUUAUGAGCGCGAAACAGGCACCUUAAGCGACCACUGCCAACCACCGGAAUGUAAGAAACAAUGUAAUAAGUGUAAGAAGCCAAACUGUGAAUGUCCAUGUUGCCGACUGAGACGCUCUAAAUUCGCUCCAUCGCAAUCCACCUAUUCUGACACUACGCAAUAUGUAACAUCUGAGCAAACUUAUUCUUCUGCGCGGUCGUUCGCCCAUGACAGCUACUCCCCCAACGUCCUUCCCAUCAUCAUCGCCGUCGUCGCCCUCAUCAUCUCCGUAUGCGUCAUGAUCGGCUUCCGCAUUCGACCGUUCCACAGGGUCCGCGAUUUCUGCGCCCGAAAAAUGAACGGUUUGCGGAGGACUCAUUGA